UAUUUUAAUUUUUUUAAUUAUCUGCGAAGUAGGAAUUUGCAAAGUAGGUAAAAAGCAAAACUCUUGAAAGUAAAAGAAGAUAUUGUAUUUUUUUGUUAAAAAGUUCAGUCCAGUCUGGGAUUGUUUUGAACGGAGUGCUUUAGUUAUAUUAUGCAGAUGAGUCGUAUAGGUUCACCAUCGGUCGGAAUGGACGAGGAUUCUGGAGCAGGUCAUGCCCUGAGUGACUUUUUGCUUCAACUUGAGAACUACAAUCCUUCUAUACCAGAUUCCGUUGUUGCAUAUUAUUUAAACAUGGCUGGAUUUGAAUCUCAGGAUCCUAGGAUGAUAAGACUAAUAGCACUGGCAUCUCAGAAGUUUCUCUCCGACAUUGCAAACGAUGCCCUGCAGCACUGCAAGAUGAGGACAUCCAGCCAAAUCAACCAGAGCUCCAAGAACGCCAAGGGCCCCAAGGAGAAGAAAUACGUCAUGAGCAUGGAAGACUUGGUACCCGCACUACAGGAGUAUGGGAUAUCAGCCAAGAAACCUCAUUACUAUGUUUGAAGCUUAAAAAUAGUUUAAUUAUAGAGUUAAUAAUUGACAAACAUUUCAAAAAAAGCUGCUAACGAUCAAGUUGUUUGACAAACAUGACUUUCUCAUUAUGCAUUGUUUGACAAUCACUUCAAAACAAAGCUAAGUGUUCUAAUGGUUUGACAUAUAAACAUGUUUGAUUUAAUAAAAAGUUUGAACGUUUACAGAGUCCCUAAGGCAAGAUGAGCAAGCCUAAGAUGUGUGCUGCAAUAUUGUCUACAUAUUGCUCUAUUUUGUCUCUGUAACGAAAAAAAAAUGAAUGAAGCUUCUAGAAUAUAGGGCUUAAAACCCAAAAUAAAAAAAUUUUAGGAACCAGCAUUUUUUUAAUCAAAUAAAAAUUUUUUUUUUCAUUUGCUGAUAACAUUAAGUAAGAUUUGUUAUCAUGGCAACAUGUUUGUAACAACAAAUCACACCCUGACAGAUUGUCAGUAAUCUUCGCGUAGUAGCGUUCGUUUAUGGCGUUUUUAAAGCAAUUAAGGAUUUUUUUUGUCUUUAAAUGAUUGUUUGUUUUAAAUAGGUGUCAAAGGUUUUUAACUUGUUGUCGUAAUGACAUUUGACAAUAUUACAUGACAUUGACAGUUUACACUGGAUAUGAGUUUAAUUCCAGGUGUUUUUGGUUUAAUUUGUAGACAAGGGAGCGAAACAAAAAAAAUAUUUAGCUAAUUAAUGUGGGUUCCAAAAAUUCUGAAAAUUAUUUACUCAACAGCAAUUUGUUUCUUCUAUCUGUAAAAAAUACUAUCGAUUAUAAAUUAUAAUUAAUGAAGGCCCAUUUUGGGACAUGUCCUUUAGCAAGGUCUAUCUUGAUAAAUAACAAACUUUCUAGGUACUUCUAGAACGUCUUUUCUUUUCGAGAAGAAUUAUCUUCUCAGAAUUUCAACUUUAUGAUAUUUGCAAAAUAUUUUAGAAUUUAAACUAUCGUGAGUGUUAUUCAUUUUAAUUGAUCGCAUUGCGGCACGAUCUAAAUUUGUAUCGUGCCGCGAUGCAAGAACCAGCUCAUGACUAAGGGCCCCGUAUGGGUUCGAAACUAGUCGGGCAUACUCCGACCUAAUAUCACGUGAGUUUUAGCCGUGUUUCAUAAUCAAUUAAAAUUUGCAAAAUAGUUCAUAUUUUUUUUCUAAGUUAUACUCGCUCAUUCUCAUAUUUACUUGAUCUACAAUUGCCUAUUUUCAUAUCUGGUUACUAGGGUGCCUUUUUUUAAAUGGUUCUGUUCCUCUGACCUCUAUAACUAUAACCACAUACUCAGUAGAACCACAGUGGCGUGCAUUUCAUAGAUGCAUUAAUGUUCUGCUUACCCUGACGACUUCUCACAAACCAGAAGUGCAGAAGGAAUUUUCUUAUUUGUAUAAUUUAUAGGUAUAGUGCAUACCCUAGUUAAAACCUUAAGCACGCCACUGCACAUACUCAAUAUUUUUGAAUACUUAACAUUUUUUUUAUAGUUCUCCACACCUACCCUAUUCUCUCAACAACUCUACCCUAGAGAGCUAGAACGUACUUGUACCGACUCGUAAAUCUAUGGCUAGAACAGAUUCUAUAAUUCUAUUUUCUAUUUUGGUCUUUAUUAUCAACCUAUAAAAAUAAACAACAAAUCAAUUGACAAACUGUCAUGUACAUACUACAAUACAAUAUAGAAAUGUCAUCCGGUGCUUACUGGUGGAUAUCAUAUAACUUGUUAGGAGGAGGAUGAAAAUCCACACCCCUUUCGGUUUCUACACGACAUCGUACCGGAACGCUAAACCGUUUGGCGGUAUGUCUUUGUCGGUAGGGUAACUAGCCAUGGCCGAAGCCUCCCACCAGCCAGACCUCGACCAAUUAAGAAAACAUCAAUCGGCCCUGCCGGGGAUCGAACCUACCUCGACCUGUCAUGUAUAUCCAACGCGCAUACCGCUGCGCCACGGAGGUUGUCAAAGACUAUAAUAGGCCAGCUUGAACUAGCUCGCAAGUCCCUGACCACUUAAGAGGAGAGGAGGUUUCGUGCCACACUAUAUUCUCCGUUUCUUGGCUCCGCUGCCUCACUCCACUUCAGUGGACUGGCUAACUAACUAGCUGAUUCAGCAAACACCUUUGCUAUCAAUCUUCAUACAAAUACAUAUGAAUUAAAUUGAAAUUUCUGUCUGACUGGAAUUAAGAAUCUCUGUUUGUAUGGGCAAAUUUUUGCUAUGGCUGAACCAAUUUUAAUGAAACUUUCACUGGAGGAUAGAGGGGGUUAUUUUUAAUUCCCGCUGGAUUUGUAAAAACUUAAUUUCGGACUUAGCUGCAGGUGACAGAUGGUAUUAAAUUUAAUUAAUCUGUCUGUAAUGUUGUCAAUAACUUUUGAUUGUAUACUCGGCGCUCCAUCGUACGCUGAGUUUCCUGCCCGAGUGGGAAGCAGGCAGAGAUGUUGUGUCGUCACGUUACUCGAAAGGACAAUAGUCCUCCUCCAGUAGAGCGGUGUGUGAACAGAUUGGGCAACAGCGUAUGACGUCACUGUUUGGAGACUCAUCAGGCAUAGGAAUAUUCAAUACCAUGCUCUGCUACUUAUGCGUGGGAAUUGGGACAUGAAUAAACAGAGUAUCAUGCUCUAUUUGUUAGGCUGUAUUGUAAUAGGAAUAAAUUAAUUAGUCUUAUUAACAUAUUUAUGUAUUAUUGUGUCAUACAAUUAUAACGUCUUAUUAAUUAUAAUGUCUUAUUAAUAAAUACCUUAUUAACAUU